AUGGGAUCUGGAUCCUCCCCACCUUCUAAGCCUUCAGCCAUUCCUUCCCAUAUGCUGAACGGCAGUUCCCCUCUACAAUUGUCCUCCAGUUCGGGCUCGGGUUCGGGCACUGGUACCCGUACUCGCGACGCUCGUGAACGGGAGAGCCUCAAUUCUUCAAUCAAGUCAUCCUUUACUCCUCGUAUUCCUGUUGAGUUUGAAUCUUCGAACGAGGCAACUCUAGCUCCAGCUCCAGCUCCAACUGCAGCUGAUGAUCCUACUACUCAUGAAGCGGGGUGCAAUGACACUCCGGUAUGUUAUCGGCAAACUUUGCCACAACUUUACACUAUCUUUCUGACACCCUACAGUGGCAGAGUAUCCCUGAAUGCACCUCCUCGUGAUCCUCGAGAUGAAGGUGGUCCAUUGACCCCACCGGCGACAGUUAGCCGUCCUUCCAGCCCUUACACAAUGAACCCACCCGUUGAUUUUGACGGGCUUAGUUGGCCUUGUCCUGGAACACGCCAGCGAUUAGAGUCGACACCAGAGGAACAUGAAGAGCGCGUCAAGAAGCUUGCGGGUGCUGUGCGGACAAUUCUCGAAUGUGUUGGAGAAGAUCCAGAGCGAGAGGGUCUUCGUGAGACUCCAGAACGAUACGCCAAGGCUAUGCUCUAUUUUACCAAGGGCUACGAAGAGAAUGUGCGGGACCUAGUGAACGGAGCAGUUUUCCACGAAGACCAUGACGAGUUGGUCAUUGUGAAAGAUAUUGAUGUCUUUUCUAUGUGUGAACAUCACAUGGUCCCCUUCACUGGAAAGAUGCAUAUCGGCUACAUCCCUGACCGCCGCGUCCUCGGACUUUCCAAAUUGGCCCGCCUCGCUGAGAUGUUCUCCCGUCGACUUCAGGUCCAAGAGCGCCUGACCAAGCAGGUUGCUCUGGCCAUCUCCGAGGUCCUCAAGCCCCGGGGUGUUGGAGUUGUCAUGGAGUCUUCCCACCUGUGCAUGGUCAUGCGUGGUGUGCAGAAGGUCAGCAGCACUACAACUACCAGCUGCAUGCUAGGAUGCAUGCGGUCUAGUGCCAAGACCAGGGAAGAGUUCUUGACGCUCCUUAACCGAAAAUAA